UGGUCAAUUUCAAUUUAUUCAACCAAUAACAAGCUGGGUGCCGGAAUCACUACCGGAAGGUUAAACAGUGCUGAUCAUGGGGUCAGAAUGUUAUCAAUUUAAAUUGCUUCUACUAAUAUAUCGAGUGCUAAAAUCACUACUCGAAUGUUGAGGAUUGCCGAAAUACAGUUCGGAAUGUCGCCGAUGCGUAAGGAAGUUCUUAUCGUUUACGCGGUUUACGUUGGAUAUUAUAACCUCAAAGUUCUAGCGUCAUCGUUUUUAAUACGUUUCGGGUUGAGCAGAACAAUGGAAGGUUGCAUUAAAAUAAAAAACAAUAUAUACAGUACAGGGGAAGGUUUACAAACGAAGAAGGCGCUAUGCAGUGGCUGAGAGAUUAUCAGCUAGAAAGUCUUACAACUUGGCGAUUUAAAUGUGGUCUCGCAAAUCCGCGUCGCCUUGUAUAUAGGAAAACUUCUGACAGCAGUCAUAAAAGAGUAAAAAAAGAGGAAAACAAGCAAGGUAGAUCAAAAAAUACAGGGUGCCAGGCCGAGUUAUCAAUUACGAUAAAGUUGACAACUAGUGAUACGGUGAAAAAAGACAAAUUUGUAAAGAAUGGGUAUUCGGCGAUAAUUAUAAUAAAAGGUGAACACAAUCAUACUUUGACAACGGCAGAGGCAGUCUCAUUUCAUCGUCCUAGGGAUACUCUUAGAUCAUGUUUUGAGUCAUAUUUCAGUGAUGGGAUGGGCAUUAAGGAGUCCGUAAACUUUCACGAAUCAAAGCUGGAAUUGCAGUACGGUAUGGACAGUCCAGAAUUAGCAAAUGCAAGAAUAAAUCCGAGAUACCGUACAAUACAGCACUGGUUCAAUCAGUGGCGAAUUUCAAAUUUAAGACUACGAUUUGGACCAGGUUCCAUUGAGGUAGGUAUUUACUCCAUGAACAUAACUCUCAUAAUUUAUACCCAAGGGGAACCCUACUGUGUACUGAUUGCAACUAAACUGAUGCAACGAGCACACCAACUACCCUUUGCAAAAAACAUAGCUUUUGUAGACAGUACUGCAUCCUGUGAUGUUAGUGGACAUUCGGUAACAUUCAUGUUAACUCCGUUGGCGCUGUACCCCUGGCAAUUUUGAUCACAAAAGGCCAAUCUGAAGAAGACUAUAGAUGUAGGUUCACUUUACUAAAGUCAAGUCUGGAGAAUAGCUUUGGAAGUCAGGGUUGUCCAAAAAUGUUUAUCACUGAUGACAGUGACGCUGAGAGAAAUGCUCUUAAAUAUGUCUGGGCAAAUAGCAAAACUCUUCUAUGUAGAUUCCACAUUUUGCAAUCAGUAUGGCGCUGGUUGUUUGACAAAAAAAAUAAUAUAGGUGCAGAUGAUCGUCCCAUCCUUUAUUUAGAAAUCUUUUAAUAUCGGAAAGUGUUCAAAAUGCUUCUGAAGUAUUUUCUAUUGCAAUUGGACAAAAUCAUAUUUCUGAUAAUGAAAAAAAAAAUAAUACUGUGAAAAAAUAUCCGCAAUGGGUGGUGUACAUUGAAAAAUAUUGGGAAAGACGUGAAGAUUGGUGUAUGGCCUACCGAGAUGAAACUACACACGGAAAUCAAACAAACAAUUUUUGUGAAGUGAGCAUUCGACUCUUUAAAGAUGUUGUGUUAUCUCGGAAUAAAGCAUAUAAUACAAUUGCUUUAAUAGACUUUAUAGUGAGUUGCUUGGAAGAGUACUACCAAAAAAUAAUUCAAAAUUUUGCUAAUUCAAGGAAUUCAAUUCCUAGAUUGUUAUUAAAAAAGCUGAUACAUAAAGCUUCCAAUAUUAACAAGGAUAAUAUUUUGUGUACAGGUUCUAAAACUUAUAAGGUUCCUAGUGCGACUAAAAGCGGUGAAUAUUAUUAUAUAGAUGGAAACAUAGGAGUUUGCACUUGUCAUGAUGGUAAAUUGGUAAAAUUUUGCAAGCAUCAGGCUGCAAUAUACUUUUACUUUGAUGAAACUGUCAUCAACGCACCUGCGGUAACGCCAGAAUCUCGUUACGAAAUGGCCAAACUAGCAUUUGGUGAGUAGGUACAACCUAUUUCGUUUUACAUGCCGUUAGUGCUCUCUAAUACGUUUUCCAAGCACACUGAACAAACUACUGAUAAUGCGAAUUUAGAUGAACGAAAUGAGUUAAUUUCGAUCGUAAUUGGUGCGUCCACGUCACCUACAAAUUUUGUUAACAGUGUGGCUUUAGAUGAAAGGAAGGGUAUUGAAGAAAUUUACUUGCUAAUGCAACAGCAUAACAAACGAUUUGGAACAUCAAAUGUAACCAUUCAAAAGUGUAUACAAAGGCUUAGAAAUAUUAAAACAAGGACAUCUUGGGAAUCUUUUCUAUGUACAGCUGGAAGUUCUGUACCAAUUCGUCAUCGUACUAAGAUGAAUAUAAAAGUUCAACCUACUUCCAUAAGCAGACGUAGAGUAGGGAUUGCAAGGGGUUGGAAAAGGUUACCAAUUGGUCGGCCACCAAAGGAAGAAGGCGUACCAAUAAAAAGAAAAAGAAACUUGACACUCGAUGUAAAGUAAAAUGUACUGAAUGUUAAGUCUCAUGGAACAGGUCACUAAAGCCUAUUACAUUAUUUUUUUGUUAAUUUUCGAAUUUUCUUUUUUAUUUUUGAAUAUUCUUGUUUUUUGAAUUUUCUUGUUUAUUUUUGAACGGACCAAUAAACAUUCACAUUUAAUA